AAGUGAAAGUAACUUUUUAGAGGAAGGAAUGAAACCCCACCACACUGAGCUGUUUGAGCUGUCUGACUGUUGAGAGGUUUGUUUUACUCACAAAGGAUUAUGGCUUCCUGUUCAGAGGAGGAUCUCUGCUGUUCCAUCUGCCAUGACAUCUUUAAAGAUCCUGUCCUCCUGUCAUGUAGCCACAGCUUCUGUAAAGCCUGUCUGCACAGCUGGUGGAAAGACAAACAAACUCAGGAGUGUCCGCUCUGUAAGACGUCUUCAAAGUUUGAACCAGCUUGUAACUUGGUGUUAAAGAACCUGUGUGAGGCCUUCUUACUGAAGAGAGAUCAGAGAGCUUCAUCAGGGUCUGAGGCUCUCUGCAAUCAGCACUUUGAGAAUCUCAGACUGUUCUGUCUGGAUCAUCAGCAGCCAGCGUGUCUCGUCUGCAGAGACUCUAAAAUACACACUAACCACACAUUCAGACCCAUCGAUGAAGUUGUAAAAGAUCUAAAGGAGGAACUCCAGAAAUCCCUGAGACCUGUAAAAGAAAAACUGAAGCUCUUUAAUAAAGUUCAACAAGACUGGACUCAAACAGCAGAACACAUCAAGGUCCAGGCUCAAAACACACAGAGGCAGAUUAAGGAGCAGUUUAAGAAGCUCCACCAGUUUCUAGAAGAGGAAGAGGAAGCCAGGAUGGCUGCUCUGAGGGAGGAAGAGGAAAAGAAGAGUUGCAUGAUGAAGGAGAAGAUGGAGGCUCUGAGCAGAGAGAUAGAACUUCUUUCAGACACAGUAAGAGCCACAGAGGAGCAGCUGAGAGCCGCAGACGUCUCCUUCCUGAACAACUACAAGGCUGUAGUGGAAAGAGUCCAGCAGCACCCCCUGCUGGAUGAUCCACAGCUGCUCUCAGGAGCUCUGAUAGAUGAGGCCAAACAUCUGGGCAACCUGACCUUCAACAUCUGGAACAAGAUGAAGGAGAUGGUUUCCUACACUCCUGUGAUUCUGGAUCCAAACACUGCUGGAUCAGAAUUGAUCCUGUCUGAUGAUCUGACCAGUGUGAGAGCUGGAGAGGAACAGCAGCUUCCUGACAAUCCAGAUAGAUUUGCCAGACCCUGCUCUGUUCAAACCUCUGAGGGCUACAACUCAGGGACACACAGCUGGGAUGUUGAAGUUGGAGAGAACACAUGGUGGGAAGUGGGUGUGUUAGAGGAGUCUGUCCAGAGGAAGGAAGACAUAGUCUCUGGAUUAUGGAGUAUAGAGUUUUUUGUUUAUAAAUACAAAGCAUUCUCCUCAUCAGAGGAAGGCACUGAUGUCCCACUAAGUAGAAAUCCUCAGAGGAUCAGAGUGCAUCUGGACUGGGACAGAGGAAAACUGUCAUUCUCUGAUCCUGACACCAACACACACAUACACACCUUCACACACACUUUCACUGAUAAGAUGUUUCCAUAUAUUUGUACUGCAGAUACAAAUCCUCUUAAAAUACUACCAGUGAAAAUCUCUGUGACAUUGAAGUAG